AGUCUGUGGAAACUUUUCGUGCCGUGCACUUUGUGAAACGGAACGGAGAAUAUAUUUUUGUCGUGGCGCGAGCUCAAACGAGUGCGAGAGGGAGAGAGCGCGAGAGUGAGUGACAGAGAAGCAGCGAAAAUCUGUGCGUGUACGAGAAAUCGAUAACAGCAGCUGAAGUGACAGAAGAAGAAGACGAAAAGGCAGUGGAGUAAUCGAAAGCGUGUGUGUUCGGUGUCGGCGAAUGGAUUUGUUUUAAUGGAAAAUCCAAAGGGAAUAUGCUACAGAGGAAAACUCUUCAAGUAACAACGCAAUUGCUUUGAGACCCCAUUGAAAGAGGCUGCUAGGAGUAAGUAUUGAGGCAGAUAGAAUAGGCAGAAAGAUGCACCUGCAAAACACGCACAACACAAUGGAAUCAAACGCCGCUAUGGAUGCCGCAUCCCCAGCUUCUCGGGAUGUCCGGCAGUUUCAUGAUCUGAUAACGUGCCGACUUUGUCGCGGUUAUAUGAUCGAUCCAACCACUGUGGAUUACUGUUAUCAUACCUAUUGCCGGAGUUGCAUACUAAAGCACCUGCUGCGAGCGGUAUAUUGUCCGGAAUGUAAAGCCAGCGGAGGCAAGGAAAUCAAUGAAUUGAAUCUGAAAUCGGAUGAUACGUUGCGAUCGCUAAUCUAUAAGCUAGUGCCGGGACUCUAUCAAAGGGAGUGCAAGGAGCUGGCAGAUUUCAAGGAGCAGCACGAUUUGGUGGAUGAACAAACGACUGAUGAACCGGAGUUCUUCACAACCACGGAACUUAUAAGCUUAUCCCUGGAAUACCAUCCCGCCAUGCUGCAUCAGUGUGGUCCUGGUGAGGUGCCUCCCACUAUUUACCUGCAAUGUGCCGCCGGAUUACCUGUGGAGUUACUGAAAAGGUUCCUCUGCUCCAAGUACAACAUAGAGACGGACAACGGUCUGGUGGAAGUGGAGGUGACCUACAAGGAUGAGGUACUGCCUACCAAUUUCACCCUGAUGGACGUUGCCUACUGUUACAACUGGAGCCGGGAAUCGCCCAUGGCCUUCUGCUACCGGAUUCUGCUUUACGACAACGAGCAAACAAAAAACGAUGAGAACAACCUAUCCAGGAUUAACCAGGACAUUGAACCAGAGCAUUCGGUACGUCGCUCCAAGUCGGCCAAAUCGGUGACCUUUGCCGAGGACCUGGAAUCGGAAAUAGACUCCGGUUCUCCGCGUUCCAAAGUACGGUGUAAGACUCCGCCAAAAGUUUCUCCCUCGUCGAAAAACAAACGAUUGACGUCGAGUAAACGGGAAGCGGAACCUGAAAGUCCGGUGAGCAACUUCAAAAGUCUGCGAAGCAAUGACAUGCGGUACAGUGAUUACGCCGUGUCCAAAGUUAAAAGUGAACCGGAACAAGAACAGUUCCUUCUGCCAAGAGAACGGGAACAACAGCCGCUGGAGGCCAAUACUAAUAUAGUGGUCAGCAUUCCACCCUCGCAACUCCGAAAGUCCUACGUUGAUGCCGAGGAUUUUGAGCUGAAGACAGCGAAUCGAAAGGGAGUUGGCCAUUUGCCCAAACUGAAGAUCGAACUGAACAGCAUGAAGAGCAAGCUGAGUAUGCCAUUAUCGGCUGGUCCGCGACUGGAGGAUACCUCCUGCUCCUUAUCUUGCUCAGCCCAACAACUCGAUCUGGAGACCUACGCCAAGAAUAUUGGCUUGAAGCCCAUUGAGCAGCCUUUGCAGCAAAGUGCAUCCAAUCCCGAUAGCAAAUACAGUCCCAAUGCCUCGCCCAUGUCUUCGUGCUCCAGUUCGACCAAUGGAUCCAGCAGCAGUCUGGGCACAGCCGAUGCCAGUACAUCGACCAGCACGUCCAGUUCCCAUCGCAAGCGCAAGAAGAAGCACUCCAAGGAGCCAAAGGAUGCGAAUGGCAAGCGGAAGAAGUUGCACGCGGAGAUCAGUUCGCAAACCGAUGGGAAAAUGAAGGUUAAGAUAACGGCAAAACCCAAUCAUAAGUUGGAUUUCAAGAGGUCGCAUUCACUGGCCAGUGGAGAGUUGGAUCUGCAGAAGUUGAAACUGGACAGUACUAGCACUUCCGAGGCACUGAAUCGCACAUUGGGCGAGGAGGCGCGGAGUAUCAACAGCCUGGUGGUGGGUGGAGCACCCACACCGCCGCCCACGCCCACCGCCGAACCAGAACAGCAGCAGCAGCAGCAGCAGCAACAACAACAACCACAACAACAGCAGCAACAACAGCAGCAGCAGCAGCAACAGCAACAGUUUGUGGUGCUGCCAAAAAUAAAGGACCUAACCUUGCCCACAUCGCCACCUCUGCCGCCCAGUUUAUUCAAAGCCUAUACACCCAGCACGACGCCAACUGCUCCACAUACGGUGGCCGGCGGAAAACCCAAGCAGCAGCAACAGCAAAUGCCACAGCAACCUCAAGCUGUACUACAGCAAAGUCUGGCUAAAACGAAUCCCGCCAAACCGCCGCUGAGUAGCAACAAUAAUCGUAAGCCCAACAGUGGACACUUUGCGGUGCCACAGGCUCCAACCCACCGGAAUAUGUAUCACAUGCAACGCUACCAGUCCACACCCAGUUCGAUUGCCAGUGCGGCUAACAAGAUGCCAAAGCGAUCCAUGUCCCUGGACGAAUCGCAUCCGGCCAAGCAGGCGAGAUUGAGCCAGGCUCAGGCGAUGGCCAGCAGUUAUGCGGCCAAGUUGCAUAUGCAGACUAGCAACCAGGCCAAAAGUCAAGCGGCCGCCUUUCUGCCCAAUCCCCAGAUGCGAUCCUAUGGUCUACCCGACCUGGGCAGCAAGCCAACGUUGCCAAUGUUGUGCCCGGCCAGCAGUUCGAGCCAAGUGACGAUUACGCCAAGGCCCAGAGCUACGCCGUCGAUUUAUUCCUUCUCGGAGCCAAAUAUCCAUGUGCCUGCACUGGAAAUAGUGCGAUUGCCGGUGAAUAAGCAGAGUGCAGGAGGCAAGGGUCUAACGAUGCCACCUCUUAGCCCGCCGGCAACGUCCAGUGCCCGCUUGAUGGGACCACCAGCGGCUCUGCCCAAACAUGCAGGACAUGGACAUGGUGCGGCCAAGCGGAGCUGCCAAAUGCCGACAAUGCCAAUGCCGUUGCCGCUGCCGCUGCCCAUGCCGAUGACCACGAUUCCGGCGAUUGUCAAGUCGCCGCCACUGUCAGUUGCGCUCAGUGGCCAGAGGAACAACAAGGGCAACUCCUCGAACUCAAAUGCUUAUCGCACAUCACCGCCUGCAUUAAUAAAUCUGCGCAACACAGCCGCUCCACAGCACUCGUUUCCAUCAAAGUCGAGCCCAAAGGUGGAAGCCAAUUCAAAGAAAUCCCCGCCAGCAGCUGGCUGCCAAGGCAAAACCAAUGGCACUGCCGCAUUGGACAAGUCCAAAACGAGUUUGCGCGAGUUUCGGCCAGCAGUGCAGUCGGCUGUAACAGCAACAGCAACCACAUCGGUAACCACAGCAGCGGGAGCAGGAGCAGGAGCAGGAACAGGAACAGGAACAGCAUUAGCCAAGGAUGCCGAUAUACUUGAUUUAUCAGCUAACCCGGGUAGGAGCAACAAUGACGCCAAAUUGGCGCCCAACUCACCGCCCGCUGGCAACAACAACAACAACAACAACAACAACAACAAUAACAACAAUAAUAAUAAUAAUAACAAUAACAACAGCACCAGCAACAGCCUGGAGGCAGCCUUAAACAAAAUCAAACAGAAUAUAUCGGCAAACAGCAAUGGUGGACCAUCGACCACUUCUGGCAGUAACUCGAAUGGUACAACCAACGGCGAUGAUCUACAGAAUCUGCAUAUGCUCUCGGAAUCGGCAACGGCCAGGGAGAAGAUCUCCAUAAAGGCCGCCAGCAGUGGAAACGGCAGUGGUAGCACCAGUAGUAGUUCCGCCAAACCCAAGAAUGCCAAUGCUUUGGUAAGACCACAGAAUGCCUCAGUUCGGAGCAUACCCAAUCCAUCGGCUUUGGCAUUCCGCAAUCAGCCAGCAGCUGCCAGCACAGCAGCCAGCAUUAGCAAACCGUUGACAGUUCGUGCUGAGGAAAAGCCGAAGGUUUCCACCAGCAAUCCGGGAUCAUUGAGCCCCACCAACACAAGCAGCAGCAGCAGCAGCAGCUCAAGCGGCAGCUCUGGAUGCAGUGCAGCCACCUCGCCGCGGGCAAUGACCAAGAAACCCACGACCAUCGAUCAAGUGGCGGCCAAUUUGAAUAUUCGCGCCGAGGCCAAGGCCGCCGCUCUCGCCGAGGAGGCACCACCCGUUCUCAGUUCCAAUGCGGCCAAAUCCCCGGAGUUGGCCAAAACGACCACAGCGGUUGCGUUGAGGCCAGAGCCCAAGGAGACGCCCAUUACCGUUUCGGCGGCCAGUACUCUGCUGACCAUCCCAUCCGCGGUUUCCAGUGUGUCCGCAGUCCCGGAAACCAUGGCCAAGCCACCCGUACAGAUUGCCAAUGCUCCGGUGGCGAGUUCCGCUUAGUCACAAGCGUUUCUUUGGCUGUGCGGAACGCAAAUGUAUCUUGUGGCGCCGCUGGAGAAUCUGCGAAAUACCGACAGCAACUGAGGUGAUGAUCAACCGUAUAAACAACUCCUAUAGCGCAAGUUUUCCAAACCUCGCUCCCGAAGAUGAAGUGCAAUUUAAUCAACCAUUAGAAUGGAUCGUAAGCCUUAGAACUAACCCGAACAACACUGAGCAAUAUCUACAACACAGCGGAAUGUAUCUGUUGGAUGCGAAAACCGCAUCAUUUGCAUACAUAUAUGCAAACAUUUGCAAUCGAAUUAGUACGCGACUAAAUAAAUAAUCCAAGCAAAUUUCAAAAAUGCCAGCAACAAUAUUCAUUAAUAAAUAACCCAACUGUGAGAGAAAGAGAGAAGAAGCGAGGAGGAGAAUAAUAAUACUAAUCAAAAGCGCUGGCGUUCGCUGGCAUUUUCGAAAGCAGGCAAAAAAGCAACAACAAAAUUAAUUAUAAAAUAUCAACAGCAAAAUAUGUGUUAAACCGCGAUAAGGUCAGACGAACACAAACACAUGCCUUUAGUAGAUAGAUCUUCUUCGGUUGGCCUUUUGCUUUUUGGGGAAAGUCCAAGCGUAAACAAGAGAAAAAGAUCUCUACUAAUAAAUAGCAAAAUUAAUUUCAAAUGCGCGAUAGUAAAAACCAAUUUGUUUCGAAAAAACAAACGCAGAAGAGGAAAAACCACAAACCGAUACGAAAACGGAAAUCGCAUCAGGAAUAUUUGAUUACAACAACACACACUCAGUGCCGAAAGUGUUUGGCCCACACCCUGAGGAAAAACUGCCACGAAGUGUGAAAAUUCGGUGGUAGCGUUGGUGGUGGUUGGGCUAGCUGCUAGAUUUUUCGAAAGGAACACACUCGCGUAUAGCGAAAGAUACAGCCCGAUACCCGAUACCCGAUACACACUCACGUUCCUCAUCGGGGCGAUAAAAUUUUAACGAUUUUGCGCCGCUUUGAGCGAGCGUGUCAGGCAUAAAGAUACAAAACAAUACUUGGGCAUAUAUAAACAAAAGCAAACAAAGCGGAAUGAAAAUAAUGAAAAUAACAAGCUCGCACUGGCACAAUGCGUAUAUUUCUAUACAUAUACCCAAAUAAAUAUAAACACAUAUUUAUAUAUACGAAUAUAUAUAUAUAUAUAUCUUGUAGAUACCUUGUCGCAUUAGUUGUUUAAGCGAGUUACGUUUAAUUGCAGCACGAAUUUUGUACAUAAAUUUAAAAAUCGAAGCCAGGCGAAAACAAAAUGCCAACCCAGCACACAGCACCCAGCAACUUGGAAAUGAAUUUUAAUUUUUUAGAGCUUCGACCAAAUGAAAUACUAUACACAUAAACACGAACACACACGCAUUAUGCAAAUAUUGAUAAACUUCUUCUUAUAUUUACGAUAUUCGUACACUCGAAAAAGGCUUUAGAUUUUCGUACAUUUAUUCUCAACUUGCUCUUAGCUGAUAUUUUUUGUUUUGUUAUCUUGUAUAUGGUCUGUACAUAUUUUAAGCAAAGAAAAAACUUUAAAGUUUAUGAGGGGAGCAAAAAGAAAAACCCUAAGUUAUAUGAGUUUCUUAGAGGAAUAGCUGGAAUUUAGAAUUGGUACAUGGUGGCAGAUCCACCCCAUUGUUUAUUCGUAUCUGUAUCUUAUUUUUGCAACCCCUGUCUGCUGGCAGCAUCCCCCUCAUGAUCGGCGAAAAAUUAACAUAAUUUCCAGGCAAUCAAACAAAUUGAAGGCCUCGGAUCGACCUCCAGCUAUUCCAAUAAUAACUUUGGCUCCGACUCCUGAUUGUUGUAUAUUUAUUUAUUCCUAUUAUUGAAAUAUAUACAUUAUCUAUAUACAUAUAUCUAGUUGUAUAUGCGAGAAAAGGCUCGACUUAUUUAAGCUGAUAUUGUACUGUUCGGAUACCUUAACUAAUUAAACCUAUAAAUACUUAAAUAUAACGCAUAUAUAUAUAUGUUUAGAAAUCUGAUUGUAUGCACAUCUGUAUGUAAUACUGUUAGAAAACCCUCGAAAUGUAAUCCAAAAAACAAAAAAAAAAAACACACGCACACACACACACACCCCCACACAAACACUAAGUUAAAUUAGCUGAUUUUCGAAAACAAUAAAAACAUGAAAAUGGAACACAGUGUAUAAC